AGGUUAGUGCAGCACCACAUGCUUUCCAACAGAACAUACAGGGCCGUGCGGCGUAUGGUAAUGUCCCUAUAGCCAUGCUGAUCCUGUGUAUACACGCUCAUACAACCCACUAGGUGUGCGCCAGCUCUGAUUGGCUGGGUGUGACUUAGUAAUGGGCGGCGCUUUGGGCGCUCCUCCUCCAGCCCUGGCGAGAGAGUGGGAGAGAGUGAGUGCCAGUGUGAGAGAGAGCAGACAGUAGUCAGUCAUGUCUGUGUGCUCAGAAUCCGGCUUCUCCAGCGAGGAGGUGCUCAGUCUGCGGUUCCCUUUACAUCGCGCCUGCCGAGAUGGAGACCUGCGCUGUCUCCGCUCACUACUACAGGGCCCUCCGGGAAACACCGCGCUGCAGCUCGGCAAGGAGGACUCCUGCUACGGCUGGACCCCCAUACAUUGGGCCGCGCACUUCGGCAAGCUGGAGUGUCUUAUUCAGCUGGUUGGAGCAGGAUGCUCAGUAAAUGCCUCUACAACUCGGUUUGCACAAACUCCAGCUCAUAUAGCAGCUUUUGGAGGGCAUCCCCAGUGUUUGAUGUGGUUGAUUCAAGCAGGUGGCCAAAUAAAUAAACAGGAUUAUGUUGGUGAAACUCCUGUCCAUAAAGCAGCAAGGGCUGGUAGCAUGGACUGCCUAAAGGCCCUAAUAUCCAAUGGAGCGCAAAUAGACAUCAGGAAUGCCAGUGGUUUGACUGCCGCGGACCUAGCACAUUCACAAGGGUUCAGAGAUUGCGCUCAGUUCCUCCUAAACGUCCAAAACAGUCAGCUCAACGGUUUCUAUUGUAGCAGCUCCUUAAAUGGUGUUCAUGAGAGCACCCCAUCUAAACACCUCAAUGGAAUUGCUAAUCGCAAAAGGUCUUUCAAUGACUUUGAGGCUUCAACUGUCAAGAAACCUAGAACAGAAGUGAACGGGUUUGUAGCUGUUAAUCCUGAGUUUAUGAUUGGAGGCUUGGAGGAAGAGGAUGAGAGUAUGCACGUUGAAACUCACUCAGCUGAGAUAUCAGAUCUCAACACUAGUGCACUCUUCAACACACUUACAAAUGGACAAGAAAACAAUGGGGACACAGCAAAUCUCGGCAAAACUGAAACUAGCCCAGACAAAUUCCUUAUCCCCAAUGGAUUCAGCAGUGUGGCCAUAACAAAUGGGAACAGAGAACACCUUGACGAACAUGGUAAUCUCACUGAGAACAAAGACCUGCUUGUGAAUUCUUCAAUGUGUGGAUCUUUGCAUGCAAAUGGCAGUCCUAGUAGUUGGGUGUCUCAAAGACCAUCCUGGGCUAAUGGUCUGGGGGAGAGUUUACUUUAUGGACAUUACCAUGGAUUUGGGGACACUGCUGAAAGCUUGCCUGAUCUCGGCAGUGUGGAAGAACAUUCCAAUUCUGUCAGAGAUGAGUAUAAAUACAACAGUGCAUUUAUAAGCACACUCCAUCAGUACCAAGGAUUCUAAGAAGCAAUACAUGCACUUAAACAGUUUUUUUGUAGGAACAUUUCAGUUCUUAUUCCUAAAAACUACAGAAUUCCUUAAAAUGUAGUUCUUUUGCUAUGACAGUAGGUUGCACUAAAUUCAGUUCAAACAGAUUCCGUCAUGCAUGUUGUUUUCUCUUGGUAGCAGAUUAGAAAUUUUGCCUCUGAGUAAUUCUGGACAAAAAGUGCGGUCUAGAAUAAGAUUGGCAACUCUUUGAAAGAGUAUUUUGUUUAGAGAUAUAACUUAUUUUUACUGUUUUUUUUUCAGUACUAUGCAAGUGGUGAUUAAAAGAAAGAAGUAUUCCCAUAAAUAUUUUUGUAGCGACGUGUUUCUAAUUUUAAAUUAUUCUCUACCCAUAGUCACUUGCGUUACUGCAUCCUAUCCAAGUUGUAUUUACUGUACUCUAACAUGACCACCUACAUGUUUUUCCUACAUUAUGAGCUGGUAAUGGAGUUAUGAGAAUACUAUAUACAUUUUUUUUUUUAUGCUUAAAAAUAUGUACAUUUAUAAAGGCACGACUUGUAAGUAAAUGUCACUUAGUUGAUGCUGAAUGAAAAGGUGUUUUUUUUUUUUGUUAUCUUGCACAGGUAAUAAUGCUUCCAUUUAUAAUAUCCGCUUUGUUCUAGACCCAUUAUGGUUUUGUUCUUGGCUACAAACAUCAUUUAAUGUUCCUUAUUGAAGUGGCAGUUGUUGUGCUGCUUUUCACUCUUGUAGUGUUGAUUUUCUUAUACAAAGAUUUGUCUUUUUGUAUGAAUCUAUUUUCUUGUUUUCUGUUUGCUCAUACUGCUUUUUUGCAACUGACUGGCCGCAUAUUCUGGCCACAUGUCAAAAUUUGUGUUGCACGUCAUUGAUAAAAUGAGUUUUUAUCUGACAAUUUUUCAAAGAAAGAAAAAAAACCUUUAACCACUUGUGUACAACAUACUGCAUUUUUUCACGGAACAGCUUGGCAUAAAGGUUUUUUUUUUUUAUUUCGCUGUUUAUUAGCAUUAUCAUUUCUGCAAUUUUAAUUGUUAAGGCUUUUUUGUCUUGUAUUUUGCAAAUGGAAAGCAGAACCCUAAUAUUUUGAAUAAAAAAAACAGUUAUUGCACCAGC